CAAUCUUCGACUCCUCCUGCUCUGUUUGUUCGAGUAAUUAAUUAAGCUCCGACCACGAAGCUUCUGGCGAUUGUCGGCGUCAAGAACAGCUUGACGAGCAGGCAGCAAGAGGAUUCGUUCUUCUUCUGUGGUGGAUCUUGAUUGGGCUCCCUGUUUUAGUGUUCUGUUCUUCGCAAGAAAGGGGCCAUUCUCUUUUGGUUUCUACAUGCAGAUGAGUAGCAUGGCAUGCCAUUCCCUUCCAGAGAGUGGAAGCAACUUGUCAGCUGCUGAUGAACUCUUUCAGAACCAAAGGUCAGAGCAGGGAAUUUACUGGACACUCUGGGACUCCAGGCUAUCUGAUGAUCUGAACACAACGACCGUAUAUUCAGACAAUCAUGGCAGCAACGGUGGCGGCACGCAAUCUUUCGACACCUCUGAACAUUGCAGUACAGUGCCUUCAGAUUCAGAUGAGCAACCUGGAUAUCCAUCACAGUUUGAGCCUCUGCACAUGGAGCAAACAAACGACAUGUUCUUGAGCCAGUUUUCAGAUGAGGAGGUGAGGAGGAUGGAUGCUCCGUUCCAGGCGCUGGACAUGUUCCCGGACUCCAUGCACAGGCUCAUGUCCUACGAACACAUACUGAACGGAGCUCUGGUGUCCGAUUCCAAGAAUCAGGAGGUGAACAUGGAUCAAGACGACAUGGACACCUGCGGUUUCCCUCUCUACUUCAGCCAUGGCCUGCAAGAUGAUGGCGGCUUGCCUUCUUUUGCCAAGGGGAUGGUUGCUGCAGACACCUCCUCCAUGGACAAGCUGAUCAUGUUGCAGGCUGGAGCGAGCGCGACGGAGAGAGGCGAUCCGGGGAGUUCGCCGCCGGGAUUCGAAGAAGCUGUGCUCGAGGAGCUCGAGGAGGUGAUGGUGCAGAUGGCGAGGACGACGCGGAUAUGCCUCCGCGACGCCUUCUACCGGCUGGCCGAGGGCUCGAGGUCGCCGCGCUCCGCCGCCGCCGCCGCAGACGGCGCCACCGUCGCCGAGGCCACCAGGUACCACGCGCAAGCCGCCGUCGACCUUAGUCGAUCGCUUCUUGAAAUCCUCCAGCUCGUGAUCCUGAUGCUUUCUGUCUCCUCUUCUCCUCUCGCCGCGGCGAAUCCUCUCCAGUGCGUCGACGACGCGGCCGCGCCGUCGCCGCGACGCGAUCGACAGGACGGUGGUGAGCCUCACCUUCAGGCCGCCGCCGUGCUCGCCGGAAGCAGAGGCGGCGAUGAUGCGGCCCACGCGUGCCUGAGGAGGCCGAGCUCGCCGUCGCCGGAUCACCGGAGGACAGGAGGAGAUUCGCUUGGUUUUUCUUUCCAGUGCGAUCUUGCUCGCCGCAUUGCAAGCUCACUGGCUUGCCUGACGAAGGAUACACUGUGUAUGUGACCUGCAGCUUUGCCAUGAGAGCUUUCUAUGUUCCAAGCAUGUGGAAUUUGAUGCUUGGUUUUUGUAACAUCCCGGCCUAGGGCUUAAUAGGAUUAAUAGAAUACUCAUAUCAACAAGUUGCAACUUCUUUUCCGGAAGCCAAUCUUCAAAGAACUCUAGGUAACCUGGAGCAAUUUGGGAUGGGUGACCGACCGGGAAAUUCCUCCCGGGUGCACACGAGUGAGGACAAAGUGUGCAGAAAAGAUAUGUGCCCCCUCUGUGAGGGCAGUCUAUGACCUAUGAAAGCUAUCAGAUGUAAACGGGUCCGGCCUGGGGGAAGGCGGGAUGUUACAGUUUUGAUGUUGCUUUUAGUACAUUUUUGUAAUGGAUUGACAAAUUUUGACGUUUGUGGGGGCAAAAAAAAAUGAUGGUGUAUGAUUUGCUCUGUUGAUUUUAGUAGUAAUCUGCACUGAAAACUGAA